CGAUGAUCGUCUCUCGGACGGUUUUCUUCCAUGUGGCUCUGAGGACUCUGUCAACUGCUCGGUGGAUUUUUUUUAUUUUAUUUAUUUUAUUCUUUUUCUCCGUGCACGAGCCGUGAUGGAGAAAAUGUGCAGACUCGUAAUGAGCAGCAAUUUUUCUGCUACGCACGGAGGAGGACCAGGAGCAGCAGGAGGACCAGGAGGAGGACCAGGAGGAGUGCUGAAGUCUCUGCUGGAGAGACCCGUGAAGCUCCCGCUGCUCCACGAAGCUUUCAGCAAGGAGCAGGAGAAAGAGAAGAAGCUAAAUGAGGAGCACAGAGCCACCCAGUCAGCUUUCCUGGGCCCCACCCUGUGGGACAAGACGCUGCCCUACGAUGGAGACACUUUCCAGUUGGAGUACAUGGACCUUGAAGAGUUUCUGUCUGAGAACGGCAUCCCCUCCAGCCCCUCCCAGUUCCAUCAUGACCAACAUCAACCACAUGCUCAGUGCCAGCCGCCAAUUGUGCCCCAACCCCCACCAGCGCCGUCAGGCUCAGUGAUGGACCUCAGCAACUGCACCACCAUCUCUGUGCGCACAGUGUCGCCAAACUGCCAGCACGGCAGCGUGGCGGGAGCAGGCCUCCAGUCCAGAAACACACCCAGCCCCAUAGACCCAGACUCCAUCCAGGUGCCGGUGAGCUACGAGCCCGAUCCAGCUGACCUGGAGCUGUCCAGUGUGCCGGGACAAGAGAUGUUCGAUCCACGCAAACGCAGAUUCACGGCAGAGGAGCUAAAACCACAGCCGAUGAUUAAAAAAGCUCGAAAGGUCUUCAUCCCAGAAGACCUGAAGGAUGAUAAAUAUUGGGCCAGACGCAGAAAGAACAACUUAGCAGCCAAACGUUCUCGCGAUGCACGGCGGCUUAAAGAGAACCAGAUCGCCAUCCGGGCCGGCUUCCUGGAGAAAGAGAACUCAGCACUGAGGCAGGAAGUGGCCGAUCUGAGGAAAGAGCUCGGACAAGCCAAGAACAUUCUGGCAAACUACGAGUCUGCUGUGAAGACGCACCCACAGACACACACACACCUACACCGAGACACACUGUCACACUAA